AGAGUCCUGUUUGUUCUCUGGGAAGAGGGCACACAAGAGGUGACUUCAAGAAUCUAAAUAGGGGCCUAAGUGGUGAGGCAGAGAGAGCUGAGGCAGGAGAGAUCAGAGCCCGGAGGCUGCCAAAAUCAGCUUCUGAGUUGGUUUCCCAUUCUUGGCAAAACAGUCCCUCAGUUCUAGAGGGACCCUUAAAUCAUGAAGCUCAUUACUACACUGCUCCUCUGCUCCGGACUCCUGCUGACUUUAACACAGGGAGAAGAAGCGCAGGAAAUUGACUGCAAUGAUGAGGCUGUAUUUCAGGCUGUGGAUGCCUCUCUGAAGAAGCUUAAUGCUAGGUUACAAAGCGGCAACCAGUUUGUGUUGUACCGAGUGACCAAGCGCGCUAAAAUGGAUGGCUCUGCAACCUUUUAUUCCUUCAAUUAUCAAAUCAAGGAGGGCAACUGCUCUGCUCAGAGAGGCCUGGCGUGGCAGGACUGUGACUUCAAGGACUCUGAGGAAGCCGCCACUGGAGAAUGCACAGCAACUAUGGGGAAGAAAGAAAAUAAGUUUUUCAUAGUCACCCAGACCUGCAAGAUUACUCCAGGUAAGGGCCCCAUAGUGACAGAGGAGUACCACUGUGCGAGUUGUGUGCAUCCCAUAUCGGCAGAUAAUCCAGACCUGGAGCCUGUUUUGAAACACGCCAUCGAAUAUUUCAACAACAACACAGGUCACAGCCACCUCUUUGCUCUCAGAGAAGUAAAAAGUGCCCAAGGACAGGUGGUGGGUGGCCUGAAUUUUGACAUUAUCUACACAAUUGUGCAAACAAAUUGUUCAAAGGAGCGUUUUCCUUCCCUCCGUGGAGACUGUGUGGCACUUCCCAAUGGUGAUGGUGGUGAGUGUAGAGGUAAUGCUUUCCUGGAUACUGAUAACAAAAUUGAGGACUUCACGCAGAGCUGUGACCUUCAUCCAGGAGAUGAUUUGGUAGAAGCGCUUCCCAAGCCUUGCCCUGGCUGCCCCAGGGACAUACCUGUAGACAGCCCAGAGCUGAAGGAGGUGCUUGGUCAUUCCAUUGCACAGCUAAAUACAGAGAAUGACCAUCCUUUCUAUUUCAAGAUUGACACCGUGAAAAAAGCAACAUCACAGGUGGUAGCAGGAACUAAUUAUGUUAUUGAGUUCAUAGCCAGAGAAACCAAAUGUUCCAAGGAAAGUAACACAGAGCUGACAGAAGAUUGUGAGAUCAAGCACCUUGGACAAAGUCUCGACUGCAAUGCUAACGUGUACAUGAGACCUUGGGAGAACAAAGUCAUCCCGACUGUGAAAUGCCAAGCAUUAGAUAAGACUAUUCCUAUCCGAAGGAGGCCUCCAGGCUUUUCUCCUUUCCGGUCAGCCAAAGUACAAGAAACAAAAGCAGGAACAACUGUAAGUCCACCCUACAUUGUCAGAGAGCAAAAAGAGGGGAAUGGCUGGUUGAAUGAAAAGCAAAUCAAGGCUAAGAAUCACAGUGGUCAUAAGUAUGGUCAUGACCAUGCACAUUGGUCCCCAAGGAGGCAUGGCCUUGGCCAUGGACACCAGAAACCACAUGGCCUUGGUCAUGGACAUCGACUUAAACUUGAUUAUCUUAGACACCAAAGGGAAGAUGGCAGUGACCAUACACACACAGAGGGACAUGGUUAUGGUCAUGGUCAUGGUCAUGGUCAUGGUCAUGGUCAUAGUCAUGGUCUUGGUCAUGGUCAUGAUAAGCAAACAAAUAAAGACAAAAGCAGUGUAAAGCAGACUGCCCAGAGAACAGAACCUUUGGCAAGCUCUUCUGAAUACAGUACUACAUCUACACAGAUACAGGAGAGGACAGAAGGGCCCACCUUGACCCCUCCCCGAGCCCAGCCAACUGUUACCUCUUCUGGCUUUCAGGACUCAGAUUUCAUUGAAGAUGUGGUAGCUAUCACCCCACCAUAUGACACUGGGGCCCCUGAUGAUUUGAUCCCUGAUAUCCAUGUACAGCCAGAUAGCCUUUCAUUUAAGCUGAUAUCUGAUUUUCCAGAAGCAACUUCCCAGAAAUGUCCUGGGCGCCCAUGGAAGCCAGCUAGCUGGAAGGAUCCAAACACAGAAACAACAGAAUUUUCUGAUUUUGAUCUCCUUGAUGUUCUUUCUUAACUUACACAGCCUAGGUAGCUUCACAAAUGUUCUCCCAGCCUUUCUUUCUACUGCCCAAGCACAAACAUUGUGACCUAAGUCAUCCAGCCAUGGUGAUCAGAACAGCCUGUCAAUGGGACUUUAUAACUCCCUGUGGACUGAUUGAUAAUAAAGCUGCCGUCAUUCUGAAUCCCUCUGA